UUUACGGUAAAGGUCAAUCACACAGCAAAAGUUGUUGUUCCCUUUGUUACCCACAUUUAUACCAAGUUCACGGACUGUGCUGUUCUAAAGAGUUAUUAAGGAAUGGCUUUUAUUUGGAGGAGAGUUCAGGCUGCUGGUGGAGUGAGACAGUCAUUCUGGAAGCUUCUAAAGAUGCGUGACUUGAGGGCUGGCACUCUAGUGGGUACAGAUUCAUUCGGGAAUGAAUACUUCGAAAACAAGGAUCAUAUAUAUGGUCGUCACAGGUGGGUGCUUUAUGCGAGGAAGGACUUUGAUGCAAGUCAAGUAACCCCCGAGUGGCACCGAUGGCUACAUCACAUGGGAGAGCACAACCCGAUUGCAGAGCCUCUAGAGAUAAGGAAGUUCCAACUAGAACACUCUGAGAACCUUUCUGGGACUGUUAGAGAGUACGUACCCUACAGCACAACUCGACCAAAAAUUGAAUCGUGGCAGCCUCCCACAGCUGCUUAGUAUAGUAUUUAAUUCCUGUAUAUGUAUGUGUUUGCAGCAUUAAGUUUAAUUGUACAUG